UAUGAAUACCAAAAACUAGCAAAAGCAACUCGUUUUUUCUCCAAUGUACACCGCAUUGGCGAGGGUGGUUUUGGGAUAGUCUAUAAGGCAUCCUUAGAUGAUGAUGAUGUUGCUAUAAAGAAACUUAAAAUAGUAAAGCUGGAGAAUAAAUUGGAGGAGAUUGAGUACCUUAGCGUUGUGCGCCAUCCAAAUAUCGUUAAGAUGAUUGGAUACUGCAGUGAAGGAGAAGAUAAAUUGCUUGUUUUAGAGUUUGUUCCCAACAAGUCUUUGAGACAUCAUCUACAUGAUGAAGACAAGCUUUUGGAAUGGUCGAAAAGAAUAAAAAUCGCAAUAAACUCUGCCAGAGGAUUGCUUUAUCUGCAUGAAGAAUGUAAACCUAAAAUUAUACAUCGAGAUAUUAAAGCAGAUAAUAUUCUUCUCAGUGAUAAUUUUGAACCAAAGUUAUGCAGAUCCAGAAUAUGGUGAUAAACAAAGAGUGUCAGAGAAAUCAGAUGUCUAUUCUUUUGGCGUUGUACUCCUAGAGCUGAUUACCGGAAGAGAACUUUCAGAUAAACAAGGCAAUACUAUUGUUAAUUGGGCUAGGUCUCAGAUUGGACAAGCUUUGGACAACGAUGAUUAUACCGUUCUUGUUGAUUCAAAAUUGGAAGACAUGUAUAACAAGGAAGAAAUGAUAAGAAUGAUUUACUGUGCAGCAGCUUCGGUAUAUAAACCUUCAUACUCCCGACCAACAAUGAAACAGAUAAUUGGAGUUCUUGAAGGAACUAUUUCGCAUGAGAAGAUAAUAGACUGGAAAGACAUUAAAACUAUACAGGGAAGGCCUACUACUAGUCUAGAAUCUCUACUUGGCAUUGAGAGGGCACAAAAUUUUUCGCCGAGAAUGUUUUCUUUUGAAGAACUAGCAAUUGCAACUCGAUUUUUCUCCAACAAUCGCAUGAUUGGCGAUGAUGAUUUUGGUAGACUUUACAAGGGGGAACUCAAUGGAAUGCCUGUUGCCAUUAAGAAGCUUUCUCUUUGGGUGUGUGCACAGGUGGGAGGUGAACAAAUGGUUAAUUACAUCAAUCACAAUUGCCAAUAUCUAAACAAGCUGAUAGGAUAUUGCAUUGAAGAAUCUGAUAAAUUUAUUGUUUAUGAGCUUGUUCCUAGCAAGUCAUUGAGAUUUAAUUUACAUGAUGCAGGACACAAGAAAACAAUCGAUUGGUCUAGAAGAAAGAAAAUUGCCAUAGGCUGUGCGAAAGGAUUGGCAUAUUUGCAUGAAUUUUGUACUCCUACGAUCAUACACGGAAAUAUCACUUCUGAUAAUAUUUUUCUUGACAAUAACUUUGAACCAAAGAUUUCAGGUUUUGAACUUGCCCAAGAACUUCCAAAUUUUGUUACCCAUAUUUCUACUGAGGCAAAGAUAAACCGUGGUUAUGGGGCUCCUGAGUUUCUCAAAGAUCGCAAGAUUAAUGAAAAAGUUGAUGUCUUUUCCUUCGGUGUGGUUCUUCUAGAGUUGAUUACUGGAAAACCAUCUGUAAUAAGGGAAGGCAUUUUUUCUAUGAACUUGGUUGCUUGGGUGGCACCUCAACUCACACAAGCUUUUAAUACACAUAAUUACAAUAGUAUUAUUGAUGUCGAAUUGCAGAACAAUUGUGAAAUAAUUGAAAUGAUUCAUUGUGCUGCGGCUUGUGUAUACAAACCUGCAAAAACUCGUCCAAAAUUAAGUCAGAUUGUUGAAGUCUUACAAGGAAAUAUGAAAUCAGAAAGUAUAUGGAUACACAGUGACAACACUUACCUUAAGGAUGGGCCACAAUAUUAAGUGCAUAACAAGUUAAUAUAAGGAUGCAAAAUGAUCUGCAAACGAAGAUGAUCAAGUCUCCUUAGCCUUGGCUGCUAUUAAUAUAUUCAACUAUUUGUUCCUUUUCCCAUAUGUUGAUACUAUUAUCAAGUCUUGCUAUGCUCUUGUCUCUCUUCAAUUUUCUCAAUUGAGAAUACUAUUGAUUUGUUGCUAAGCUUCGGCAUUUGUAUUUGCCUCAAGUUUCUGAUAUUCUCUUUCUCAUGAAAAUUCAAGUUGGCUAAGAGAGGAUGAGGUGUAAUAAGUAUAUAUUUGGGUAUAAGAAUAUAUUUGUCAU